AUGUCCGAACAAAGUAACGAGCCCAUCAUCUCGUCCCAGAAUCAAGCACCUGAUACGCGAAAAACUCAAGAUGAAAUCGAGAAGGCCCUGGAAGAAGCAAGGCUGAAGAAAUUCGAGGAAGACAAAGCACGAAAGGAGAAGGAUAAAGGCUCCUGUUCUCGCUGGGCCCCUGGAGCCUGGGACGCAGCUCGCGCAGAUUUUGCAGCCGGAAAGAUACCGCCAGAGCCAUGGUUCCCUAUAAUAAUAAACGAUUACAUGACGCCGGAGAAGAUACGGGAGAUUUGUGGCCUUCCAUCACCGCCGACAAUUGAAUGGACGACUACCGCGCCGUUUGAAACAGACUAUACCAGCACAACAAAGAGGGUUCAGUACUGCACUGUCCACGGCUGGGAGGCAUCUUGUUUAAUCCGUGAAGCGUCUCAUGGAGAGAGUGUGCUAGUUUGGUUCAAGGACGAAAGACGUUCUGCUUGGCAGGCAGCCGCAGAGGCGUUAGAAAGCGAAGACGAGCGUUGA